AUGACUUCUUUGCCUGAAGCUGGCCAGCAAAAACAGUCUGGCCUCUUAGAUCCAGUCGAACAGAAGUUGCAAAACCAACCUGUGGAUAACAGCCCAGAAGCCAAGACUGGCGCCGAUGUGGUUGCCAGAUCGGCUUCCAGCGAUGCUAACAAUGCCGAGAUUGGGCCCCAAUUGCAGAUUGGCCUUUCCGAGGAGACGAAGGCAAAAGUCUACCAUACCGGCUGGCGCUUACAUGCCCUGACAGCAGCUACAGCUCUCGUGCCAAUCGUCGAUGCUCUCCAUGGCUUCGAUAGGAGCGGCUGGGUCGUGACGUCCUAUUUGUUGACUUAUACGGGUUUCCUCGUUAUCUAUGCGAAGUUGAGUGACAUCGUUGGAUGCAAACUCAUGCUUCUCUGCGCCAUCACUCUGUUUACGGUCUUCUCCAUCGCCUGUGGCCUCUCCAAUUCCAUGCUGAUGUUAAUCAUUUUUCGGGCAUUCCAGGGUAUGGGUGCCUCGGGAAUUUACUCGUUAUCGACAAUCAUGGUGCCAUUGAUGGUUCCGCCGGCGAAAUAUGCGACCUAUGUUACGGUCAUCACAUCUGUCUUCGCCAUCUCUAGCGUUCUCGGCCCACUUCUCGGAGGAGCCAUUGCUGAUAACACGACCUGGCGCUGGGUCUUCCUUCUCAACGGACCCGGUGGAUUCGUGGCAGCAGCCUUACUAGCUUUCUCGAUCCCCUUUGGAUUCCCCUACGGAAAAUCAGCCAAUUUUUUCCAUUCCCUGGUGGCCGAAAGAAUGUGGAGGCGUAUCGAUUACUUUGGGGGGUUCUUGUCCCUGGCCGCAUCCAUUCUUCUCAUCUUUGCACUGCAACAGGGUGGCGUGGCUUAUGCGUGGAAUAGCGGAGCAAUAAUAUCCAUCUUCGUCAUAUCUGGUGUUCUCUGGCUGAUCUUUGUGGCCUGGGAAAGGCAACUCUCCCUCUGGGACAUUGUCUGCGAGCCUCUAUUCCCCUGGAGGCUUGCCUGCAAUAGAUUUGUCUUGGGGUUGCUAGUAAAUGGCUUCGUGACCGGGUUCCCCUUUAUGGCAGCCCUCAUCAAUAUUCCUCAGAGGCUGCAGACCGUUAAUUCGAUGACGGCCGUUGACGCGGGCAUUCGCUUGUUGCCUCUCCUCUUACUCUCUCCCGUUGCCAGCUCUCUCUCUGGCCUUUUAAUAUCGAAGUUAAAGGUCCCGCCUCUCUAUCUCCUCAUCCUAGGAGGAUCACUGCAGACUAUAGGAGUUGGUCUGUAUAGUUCCAUAGAUUCCUCGGACCAUCGAAUCCCUCCUGCCCAAUACGGUUACCAGGCUAUCAUGGGCCUAGGAUUUGGUUUCAACCUCAGCACUAUAUUGAUUAUGGCGCCUCUGGUUGUAAAAGAGAAGGACAUGGUUCGCGUAUUGGGCGGUACAAUUGGACUCGCCAUUUGCUCCGCCCUCUUGGUAAACUACAUCAAGGCCCAGACCUCACGGUUCCUCACUCCUGAUCAAGUGGCGGCCAUACUCUUGUCCUCGGAAAACAUCGCAUCGCUACCGCCCGAACUGCAGACGCAGACGAGAACUGUGUACGCGACGGGCUACUCGCAGCAGAUGAGGGUCAUGCUUUUUUUCUCUAUAGCAUCCCUCCUCUCGCUCUUUCUCCUCGCCGAGAAACACCCCAGGAGAAUAGUAGAUCUGAAGACGGGGCAGAUGUCAGGGUCUCGUUAA